UCGCCCGUCCAUCCAGCCGUAUCCCACUCCGCCGGCCCGCUCGCGUCCCACGCACGGUAUCCACAUCCACCACCCCCCGCAGCCUUCUCCUCCUCCUUCCUUCCCCGCCCCGGCGCACCCAGAGGCCAGAAGCAGAGGAGGGGCGCUAAAUAAAAGGCGAAUGAAAAGAAAGGAGCCCCCUCACAUAAGCCAAAGCCAAAGGGGGUUGGCCCACGGCGCGACGCAACGCAAGGGACCGCUCCUCCGGCCGUCUCCGAGUCCCGGUUCCAAUUCCAUCCAGUUCGUGUGCGCGUAGGUGCAAACCCGAAAGCGAUAGGAGCAAGGAGGACCCGGGGCCGCCGGGGGCCUCUGCAGCAGUUGCUUCUCCUAUUUUGGCCCUUCUUUCUGCCCCUCUCUCUCUUUCUGCCGUCACCGUACGUCUCCUCCUCGCGUACGCCGCCGCCGACAAGGAAAAUAGUCCGGCGGCCACGAGAAGGGCAGGUGCAUUGCUCCUUCCGGCCGGCCGCCGCCGUUUCUUCUUCUUCUUCCCCUGCUGCAAAACCCUGGCUUUUCAGUGGGGGUUGCAAAUUUGCAAUCCCCCUCUGUCCGGAACAGAGAUUGCGUUUUGAUCGGCGUGGCGCCCUCCACGACGGGUUCCCAGAGAAACCCUCUUUCAAGGUGACACGCAUCUUCUGUCUCCCCGGUGAUCGGCUGGUGUGGUUUUUCGGCAGGGUUUAUUAUUGGCCGGCGUCGUGGGGUUUUCUUGGGGCUUUUGCGAGUACGAAGUCCAGUUUGGUUUGGGGUGGAUGGCGAGGGCCGUUCGGGGUGCUGCUGAGAUCACCUCCGACGAGGGGAAGGAGAGUCCUGUUGCUGUCAAGUCACCUGCCGAGGCCAUUGAGUGGGCCUCGAAUCUUCUGUUUGAUGACUACAAGGGAUCUGGGGAGGGUUUGGAUGAUUCUGCGCUCAUACAGGAACUGUUGGCAACUCUGGAAGGUGAAAAAAAGAGUGCUUGCGAUGCUGCUCCAGGUGGUGGUGAUGAGGAUGAUGAUUGUGUAAUGCUUGAUGGUGACCCUUUUAAGGCCGCUGCUGUUGCCAAUGAGAAGAGACUUGGGAAGGAUGGCUUAGAAGAAGAAUUGCAGAUUGUCGCGGAGAAAGGAGAGGUAGCAUGCAGGGAUUUCCCUCAUCCACGCCAUCUAUGUGCUGGAUUCCCGUUCAAAACUGGUUCUCAUGCAAGCUAUUGCACUAUGUGCCACUGUUAUGUUUGCGAUUCUCCUGCUCCAUGCCCCAGAUGGGGUAAAGGUACCUUGUCUACUGAUCAUUGUCACGCUACGGAUAAGGAUGAAAAGUGGAAGAAACUGAGGCAAUCACUAAAGCGCAAGAGCCUGCCACCAUCUCAGCGUGGAAGUACCAAGAAAUUUGUUCGCUCACCCUUGACAGCACCAUCCUCAGAGCAGUAUACAGGGCAUCAAGUAUCAGGUCCACAGCUAUUUCCACCUUUGGGAAAGACUGUCAACCAACCUUCUGUGCAAAGAGUUCCUGCAACAAGUAAUGUCAGCAAAAAUCAACAGAUGCGUCCCUCCAUUAGAGCUGCACAGAAUCUGGGGCAAGUUGUCAAUCAGCCAAAAGCAUCAGGGCCAGUAAACCAACCUUUUGUGGGAAGAGUUCCUGUUGCAAGUAAUGUCAGCCAAAAUCAACAGAUGCAUUCGUCUAUUAGAGCUGCACAGAAUGUGGGGCGAGUCGUCCGUCUGCCAAAAGCAUCAGCUCGUGGCCCUCAAAUCUCUGGUAAGAGACUCAAAACAUCUGGGGCUGCUCCUACAGUUCUUAUGCCCUCAAAUGGUUACAAUUCGAACCGUGCUCUCCCUAACGAUGCCACAUUGCCUCCAGCAUCCUCGCGUGUAUUUCAGACAACACCGGUGGCACCAGGAAGUAACAUUACUCAGUGGCGCCCCUCUCAGCGUUUUCUUGGUGCGCCGGUGUUGAUAUCUCCGGGAUUACAUGUUCGGCCAUCAUCGCAUCUUCAGGUUGAUCCCAAUAGAGCGGCUGGUACUGGACUACAGACUUUUCAAUCAUCAGCACCAACAACUCAGGGAGCAAAAUGCGUGCAGAACUCUCAAGCCAUCCAAAAUGCUUGGCAGGUUACACUUGAUAAUCUGGCGUCUCAGUUGGGUGUAUCUGAUUACAAUAUCAACGAUGCACAUGGUCGAGAGUCUGCAAGCACUCAAUAUUUGCAUCCCAGCCAGCUGAUUGCUCCAGUAAAGGCAAGCCAGGGGAUUGAACCGCAUCGCAGUUCUGUUCCAGCAACACCACAAAUGAGGCCUGCAAAUGGGCUUAUGCCGAAUCGCCAAUCUGGAGAUAAUGUUAUUAUGCAAAAAAACUCAAGCGUUGCUCAUACUGAGUUCCCAGAGCAGUCUUAAUCCAAGUGAAACUUCUUACUACAACAACUUUGUAGCUAAUCCUGCUACCGAAAAUUGAUUGGAGCUUCUCAGCAGUGUCCACAGAACUGGAUUCUUGAUACCUUUUUGUUACUCAGGACAUGGCAAUUGUCAAUAGCUUGUGCUCUUAGAUCCCCAAAUUACAAAUAUGUUAGUAGUUGACAAACUUCUUUUGUAGCCUGUCUUAGCAGAGUAGAAAGGGCACUCCUUUAAGGCAGUGAGGUGCUGUAGAGUUGAGAUAUCUAAUGUAAUGGUUUACAGCUCUGAAUUAGUGGUUCAAUUUCCAGUGCAAAAUAUUCUUGAUAGUUAUCGAUGUGUUUCUUCUUGAUCA